CUGGGAAUGACGCUUUGGGCGCUUGCUAUGGAAAUAGAUGAACCCGGCAGCGAGGCUAGACCAUUCAUUAUCCCAGUCGAUAGGAAAGUUCCUGACUACUACCGAACAAUCGUUGACAUUUGUCUCAGCACCAGCCCUCAAAACAGACUCCCAGCCAAAGAAUUGCUUGGUUUAUUCCCUCAGGAUUCCAAGAUUUUAACGAAGGAACUUGUAGCGAGCAGCGUGGAGGCGCUGGCACAACCUCCGGUGGAAAUGCCUGAUGAUUCCGAAUGCCUGGAUGAGAACCCUUCUAUAUGGAAUUGCGGAUAUCUUGAGCAACCUGCUAACGAUAUUCAAUUCACUAGUGGACCAAAAUCGGUACCGGACUCGGAAGACGUAACUUUUUACGAACCAUGUGUCGAUAUCGGACCCCAACGCCUUUCCUGUGACUUCCCAGAGGUGAAUGCACAAUUUGCAGAAUUUGAAAUCGAAGAGAACACCCUGGAUUUUCCUACCAAGGAG